CGCGCUACGUCUUCGGGCCGCAUCCCACGGCGGACGUCUGCCAGGCCGGCCGCGACGCCGGCAGCGCCUUCACCGCCGCCGUGGACCGCUGGCUGACUGCCACGCCGCCGGAUCAGGUCCCGAAGCUCACGCAAGCCAUCCUGGCCGCCGCCCGCGCCGUGCCCAACGCCCCGGCCGACCUGCCGGUGCGCACGCUGGCCGGCGUCAUGCUGGGCUUCCCGCCCACGACCCACGCCAACCUGCUGGCCACGCUCGCCAUCUGGGUGCAGACGCGCAAGCUGUGGGAGCUGCAGCCGCUCUGGCACGAGGUGCCCACCGGCGCGAGCCUGCCCGAGCGCUACACCGCCGCCGUCGCCAAGCUGCGCCCGACGCUCGUGGCCACGCUCAACUUCAAACCCACGCCCUACCAGAUCUGGCGCCGCUCACGCGCCGACCACCGUCUGGGCGAGGUGGACGUGAAGGCCGGCGACACCCUCAUCGUGGCGCUGGGCUCCGCCACCCAGCAGGACCCCCUGCGCCACCACGUCGCCUUCGGCGGCGACCGCGCCGACCCCAAGGGCGCGCCGCCGCACGCCUGUUCGGGCUACGGCAUGGGCAUGGGCGUCAUGCUGGGCGUCGUCGCGGCGGUGCUGGACGCCGGCGUCAUGCGCUUCACGGGGGCGCCGACGGUGGUGGCGUUGGCGGUGUGAGGUGA